UAGCUAAUUGCCUAUAAGGGGCUUCUCUGUAAGCACAGUUAUGAGUUGGAUGAAUGUACUAAAUUGUGUGAGCCUGAAUGCAUUUUGAGAGUUUGGUAAAGCUGAGAUUAAGACACCUAGAAUCUAUGAUAACAAAUGCAUGUACAUCUUGUAGCAGAUUCUGGCAUCUUGCAGUGACAAUCAUAUUUUGCUGAAUUGUUUGCAGUGGAAAAAAGGAGAAGCAUAUCUGAGUGGAUGUCUUAACAUAUUUUCUGUACCAAAUGGUAUAAAAAAAAAACAUAAGUAAAACAAUCCAAACAUUUAGUGAUGACUAUGAUCAUAUGUUUGUGUAAAGGCAGACAAUUCAACAGUCCCAAUCUUUUUUAGGUUGUGGUACCAGAUUAUUGAGAAACCACAUCCUUAAAUAAAAGUGUGUGUCUUUUGUCUUGUCAUGAGCAAGGUAGAUAUAAUCUAAGGUUCAAUUUUGUUUCUUCUCAGCAGCAUGUCCAUAUACACUCCCCACUUCAUCUAAAUUCUCAUAUUUAAUCAAAUUCUCAAUAACCACUUUGCCGACCCAGCGUCACUGAAUGCUCGGAUGCAUAGCGCUCAAUGAUUAUUAUGCUGCCUCCACAUGUUUUUUCUGACAAUCCUGUAUUUUUUUUUUCUUAUUUAAGAGCCAUUCUGAUUAUUCUUAAUAGAAUUUUAUCAAUACUUCUAGUAUGUGACAAUCUAUGCCUUCUCUGGAUAUUGAGAAUGUUCUUUCUUCAUGUUGAUUGUAGUGUCUGAUUUGUUUUUCUUUUUUUUUUCUUUUAUCCUCUAGUAAGCCCUUCAUAUUUGAUCUGCCAAGCUUUCUCAUUAGAGGUGUCACUACAGCUACAGAAAAUGGCAUUGAAGGGAACGCUGACAACUAGCAAACAGAUGGAAAAAGGUUUCACCUCUAAGUCACAGUAUUUGUCCAGAAGGGAAAGCUGACUACCCGGCUUUACUCUGAGAUGAAAAUGUUUGGACAAAAAGAGGAUAUCACACAUUAGAAUCAGAACCUUUAGGUGUUUUUUUUUUUUUUUUUUUUUUCAUGAAAAUAAAUGUGUAUGUGGACAGCCAAAGCUGAAAGGACAGCAUGCUUGACAGAUUUUUUAAAACGAUCUAAGCAUCAACAAAAGAUUUUAAAAUGACAUUGUCAAGUUGAAGCUUCUAGCAUGUGUCCCUGUACUUCCUAAAAAGUGAGAAUUUUCCAUUGAAGUAAAAGACACAGCAUAAAACUGUGGUUCACAAUCAGCUUCAACAGCAGAGACUUUACGUUGUCUCCAGUGACGCACCAGUAAUAAUGUUGUCAAAAGUGAUGCUGGGUGUCAUCCUGUCCCUCCUCAUCCUCCUGACUGUGGGUGGUAAUGUGCUGGUGUGUCUAGCUGUCUGCGCCUCACGACGCCUCCGCUGCCUCACUAACUGCUUCAUUGUGUCACUGGCUGUGACAGACCUCCUGCUCGGCCUCUUGGUCCUCCCGUUCUCCGCCCUCCUCCAGCUCAGUGAUGAGUGGCCGUUCGGCCCAGUUUUCUGCAACUUCUACAUCUCCAUGGAUGUCAUGCUGUGCACGGCUUCUAUCCUAACGCUGCUCGCCAUUAGUGUGGACCGGUACCUGGCAGUGACCAUGCCUCUGAGAUACACCUCUCUGGUGUUGCCAUGGAGAGUUGCUGUAGCCUUGGUGAGUGUCUGGACAGUGUCAGUGGCUGUGUCGUUCUUGCCAAUUCAAAUGGGAUGGAACACUGUUAAUGGCACGGUGCAGAAUCACGGGCCCUGGGCUUCUGAGAGGAGAUGUCGUUUCGAGCUGAACAGGCCUUAUGUACUUACAGACUCUCUUCUCACCUUCUAUCUGCCUCUGUUGGCUAUGUGCUGGACCUAUCUUCAAAUUCUUCGCAUUGCUCGGGCACAGGCCAAGCGAAUUAUCAGUGCCCGACCCAUUUGCAUCACCAGCUAUAACUGCAGGAACAGCCCCUCCACAAGUACUACCCUGGUUUCUGGUGUGACAGCUGUGGCACUAAGAGACCACAAAGCCACACUGACAUUGGCAGCUGUGAUUGGAGCUUUUGUUGUCUGUUGGUUGCCUUAUUUCAUAUUAUUCACAGUGCUAGGUCUCAAGGAGCAUCCAGACCCUGGCAUAGUACCAGAAUUCCCUAUUGUAUUGUGGUUGGGAUAUGCCAACUCAGCCCUCAACCCUGUCAUCUACGGAGCCCUAAACAGAGACUUCAGGUCAGCUUAUGCUCAUCUACUGAGAUGCCGUUUCCCUACAUACAAUGGCUGGAGAAGUCAGCAAUCUUCUCCCACUUUUACAGCAGCCCGAAAGCAGCUCACCGAGGUGACACUGCUGUGUGGCCACACCUCUGCCUCCUGUACAGAAGCAAUAACAUCUCAAAAUGUCAUGCUUCAGGACGUGAGCAGCAGAGGAGCUGCUCCAACCACUCAGUCUACAAAUGGCACCGCUACCACAGAUGUCAGUGGCAAUCAGGGUGAGCCAGUGCUGUGCUGAGCCUAUUGUACACCUCUGAUCCAGUAUCAGCCAGCCUGAGGAAAAAGCAAGACAGACAGACGAAGAUGGACGGAGAUGCUACAACCCCCCACAUAUUCAGUGCCACAGCAGAACCAACCAUAAUGCCACAUGAUUCAACACCACUAAUUUUGAGAAAAGACAAGAAAACCCAAGAUCUCAAUACUCCAGACCUCAUCAGUAAGAAUCAAUGUGGUCUCACAGUGGGAAGGCAAACAGAAAGUAUUGAAGCUCUGCAGGAAUAAAUGGCACCAGCCAAUUAGCUCAUGGAUCGCCACAUUCAUUAACUUGUGGACAUUUUUCAUCCUGACUCCAGAGUGCACUCCAGUGGAAACAUGACGCACCGCAUCUCGAACUUGGAAAGAGCUUUUUGGAAAGAGAAAUUUAUCAAGAAUUGCAUGUUCUAUGAAAACCAGCCAAUAAGAGACAAAAAAGGGUGAAGAGACUUUCAGUAAAUCGGCCCCUGAUUUAAAUGUGUAGCAUACAAUGUGUGUAAUGUGUUCAUUUUGUGAAAUUAUAACCAACACUCACACAUUCUUGUUCCUAGUGUUGUGCAAAGUUGACAAAUGUAUCUAUUGAAUUGAAAUAUAAACACUACCGGUGAAUGAAAUCAAUACACGCCUUGUUCCUAUAAAAUAACAAGUAAUGAAAAUAUAUAUAAGGAGCAACGAAGAAGAGGAAAUUCCUGAAAUACUCUGUUUGGUGGAAAUGAAGGUUGUUGAGCAUAAUGUAUUUGUUUAGAACUUGAGUGACAGCAUAUUAUCUGAAAAUGUUACUCGAAAAUGUCACACAAGCAGUUAGUUAUUUCCUUUGAGGAACUCUUUGGAGGCAUACAAUAACAUAUACUGUAAAAGAUCAUGUAUUUUAAAUUAUUAGUUCUAUGUAAGCACAUUUCAAGAAACUAAUCUUUUAAAAAAACA